UCAUUGUGUCGACUUUCUUCUCAACUCACGCCAUUGUGUCGGCCUUCUUCUCAACUCACGCCAUUGUGUCGACUUUCUUCUCAACUCACGCCAUUGUGUCGACCUUCUUCUCAACUCACACCAUUGUGUCGACUUUCUUCUCAACUCACGCCAUUGUGUCGACCUUCUUCUCAAAUCACGCCAUUGUGUCGACCUUCUUCUCAACUCACACCAUUGUGUCGACUUUCUUCUCAACUCACGCCAUUGUGUCGACCUUCUUCUCAAAUCACGUCUUUGUGUCGACCUUCCUCUCAACUCACGUCAUUGUGUCGACUUUCUUCUCAACUCACACCGUUGUAUCGACCUUCUUCUCAACUCAAGUCUUUGUGUCGACCUUCUUCUCAACUCACGUCUUUGUGUCAAUCUUCU